AUGGUGAGUUUUAUUUAAUCUUGAGUUUUGACGCUAGAAUUAUCGAUUUUUUUCAGUUGAAUUUUGAUGGAAUUCGAAAAAUUACGGAGCGACUGAGGUGGAAACAGGGUGAGAUUUGAGGCCUCAAAAAAAAAUUAAUUUAAAAAGCGAAAUUCUCAUUUUCUAGGCGACGAAGACGAAGAUUGGGCUAAAAAAGCGAUCGAUAAUUUGAUGAAAAAAUUGUUGAAACACAACAAACAAGCAUUGGAAAGUUUGGAAUUAUCACUUCAGGUAAAUAAGCGAAUAAAUUUGAACAUUUUUAAAAAUAUUCAAUUUUUCUAGUAUCAAGGUCAACAAAAAACCGACUGCGUCACAAUCCCCAGAUCUCUCGAUGGAAGACUUCAAAUUUCACAUAGAAAGGUAAUUAUUUCAGAUUUUUGACUGAAAAUACUGGAAUUUUCGUGAAAUAUAAAAAAAACAAAAAAAAUUUGGUUUCCAAGAAAAAAUAAUAAAACGUGGAAUUUUGGUUUCGAUUUUUCGGCCCCGAAAAAACAAUAAAACUUUGUGAAAUUGUUUUUUUUUAUUUUUGCGAGAACAUUUUAAAUUCUGGGCAGAAACUUGAAAUGUUCAGUCUAGAAAUAGAUUUUUAUCAGGUUGGGAAAUUUCGAAAAUUUUCAGAAUCUAAAAAUAGUCAAGGUUGGGUCUAUAGAUUUUAGAAACUCACAAUCAGAAAAAAAAGGGAGAAUUUAGAAAAAUUCCUCACAUUUUGAGCCAGAACACGCUCAAGUUUAGUUUCAAAAUGCUCCAAAUUCCACGUGAAUUUCUAACUUUCAGCUUCUAAAUUCAGAUUUUUAGGCUCUUCCCCAUGUUAUCUACUGUCGAGUCUAUCGUUGGCCCGAUUUACAAUCUCAUCACGAAUUGAAAGCAAUUGAAGAUUGCAGGUAUGCUAGAGAAUAUUGGGGGGUUCAAGCUCAAAAUGCUCAAAAAUUUUAGAAGAAAUUGAAUUUUGAGAUUAACACGAGGAAUCUAGAGAAUUUUGAGCUUAAAUAUGAGCAAUUUGGGUGUCAAAAUGCUCAAAAAUUUGCAGAUUCUGCUACGAAUCGGGUCAAAAAGAGAUCUGCAUCAAUCCGUAUCACUAUAAUCGUGUUCUCGCAGCGGGUGUUCUUCCACCGGUUUUAGUUCCACGUUAUUCCGAAAAACCACCCCAAGAUAUUCCACCGGGUUUGGCACGUUUUCAACAAAUGGAAGCGGAUGGAUCGAAAAUGCCACAGAAUAUUAAUGUUAAUAAUGGAAUGUUUACGUGA